UUUUCUUCAAAGAUGCAAGGCUUAUUUUCAAGAUGGAUUCUCUUGCAAAGGAGAUUCUGGGGAUUGCAUUUCCCUCUGCACUUGCUGUUGCUGCUGAUCCCAUUGCUUCUCUCAUAGACACAGCAUUCAUUGGCCACUUAGGACCGGUGGAACUUGCUGCAGCAGGAGUUUCUAUAGCUUUGUUCAACCAAGCUUCAAGGAUCACCAUUUUCCCUUUGGUUAGUAUCACAACUUCCUUUGUGGCUGAGGAAGACACCAUUGAGAAAAUCAAUAACAACAAAGCAGCAGCCAUGGAUACCAUCAAGGCCAAGUCCAAUGAAAUCAUGCCUGAUGAUGAUGAGGAUGACAUAGAAAAAGGUGCCCCCAAUGAGAAUCCCGACGAGGUUCCAAGUGGUGAUGCUGGCUUGAAUUCAGUUCCUAAGAACUUGGAAAAUAAUGGGGAUGGUUGCACUUUAGAAAAUGUCACAAAUAAUAAUGGAGAUGAUAACAAUACUACAAAUGCAAGGAAGUCUACCUCGGUUAGCGAUGGUAGAAGUAAGAAAAGCAAGAGUGUUUCAAAAAGUGGAAGAAAGAAAAGACACAUUGCUUCAGCAUCAACAGCACUACUUUUUGGAACAGUUCUUGGACUCCUUCAAGCUGCAACUCUUGUAUUUGCAGCCAAACCUUUAUUAGGUGCUAUGGGAGUCAAAUCUGGGUCUCCUAUGCUAGGCUAUGCAAUGAAGUACUUGAGACUGAGAGCCUUAGGUGCUCCAGCAGUGCUUCUAUCUUUGGCCAUGCAAGGAAUCUUCAGAGGUUUCAAAGACACAACAACUCCGUUAUAUGUCAUUCUUUCGGGAUAUGCACUGAAUAUAGCGAUGGAUCCAGUACUAAUAUUUUACUGCAAAUUGGGGAUCAGAGGUGCAGCCAUUUCACAUGUCCUUUCCCAGUACAUAAUGGCAUUUGCUCUCUUGAUGAUAUUAAUGAGAAAAGUGCACCUUAUGCCUCCAAGCAUGAAGGAUCUCCAGAUUUUUAGGUUUCUCAAAAAUGGAGGUCUACUAUUGGCAAGAGUAAUAGCAGUGACAUUCUGUGUGACAUUGGCUGCAUCAUUGGCAGCAAGAUUAGGCCCAAUUCCAAUGGCUGCAUUCCAAACUUGUCUUCAGGUUUGGUUGACAUCUUCCCUUCUAGCUGAUGGUUUAGCUGUUGCUGUACAGGCAAUUCUAGCAUGUGGCUUUGCUGAGAAAAAUUUCGAGAAAGUAACUGCUGCUGCAACAAGAACACUUCAAAUGAGUUUUAUUUUAGGAGUGGCCCUCUCUCUUGUUGUUGGCGUUGGAUUGUACUUUGGAGCUGGUGUCUUUUCCAAAAGUCUUCUUGUUAUCCAUCUCAUCAGAGUUGGCAUCCCGUUUGUUGCUGUCACACAACCAAUCAAUUCAUUAGCUUUUGUAUUUGAUGGUGUGAACUAUGGUGCUUCCGAUUUUGCUUAUUCUGCAUACUCCUUAGUUUUGGUUUCACUAGCAAGUAUUGCCACAUUGUUCCUCCUCUCUAGGGCCAAUGGUUUUGUUGGCAUCUGGAUUGCAUUGGCAAUAUACAUGGGUCUUCGCAUGUUUGCCGGUAUUUGGAGGAUGGGAACCGGAACAGGGCCUUGGCGUUUUCUGAGAGGCAAUUACUAAUAACUCGUCUAGGUAACAUAGGAAAUAAAUUCCAAACUGUGUUAUUCAGCUCAUGUUUUGUAUCAAUGUAUGUUCAUCCUUUAGGAUUGAGUGUCUCCUUCUUUUUUAUAUUUUUAGGACAUGAAUCCUUCUCAUUUCUCAAUUCUCUUAUGAUUAUAAUCUUAUAUGCUUCUUGUAGUGCCCUGUUUACAUGUGUUAGUUCUUUGUUUUCAUUUUCAUUUUGUCUCUCUUGUAUUUUUUCCUUACAUACUGAGAUGUACCCUAGCUAUAGUCUUUGUGAUUUUCUGGUAUGUAGGAGAUUCUUAAUCCUAUUGCCAGUUAUAUGUAUACUCCUGAGUGCUUAUAUAUAUAUACAUGUGAGAAAUAAUAAUAAUAAUAAUAAUAAUAAUAAUAAUAAUAAGAAUAAAUGGCUUUUCAAUAA